CUCUUGUCCAUCAAGCAAAUUUUGUUAAUAAGUUCCGUCUCCAUAAAAGUUAACUUUUCUGUAAUUUCCCCCAAUUACUCUGAGAACACUAAAAUCUGUGUCAAAACCGUGAGUGCGAGGUCAGGUCUGCUUUGUCAUUACUGUACUUUCCUAGAAAGUUCACUCAGAAAACUUAACAGUUUGACCUUUAUAACUAAAGAGCAUUUUCAAUUUUAUUUCUUGAAAGAGUAUCUUCAAUUUUAUUUCUUGAAACUAUGGAAUUAUCCAGUCAGGUGUUUUUAUGUCAGAUAGGUUUCAAACUUUCUAUGGAUACCAUUUUCCAAGAUUUAACUAGUUCCAUGUAUGGGUUCAAAUCUGAUCUUGACUCAGUGCCAGUGUACUCAAAUCACAACCUUGUUAAUAGGUUUAAAGAGAGCACUGAGCAAAUUAUUCCGAGUCCGACUUCGCUUCCUACUAGUCCAGAGUCUCCUGUUGAUUCUGAUUCAUCAUCAGGCAUGAUUAGUUCAGUUGGACAUCCUCUUGACAAUGUUCCUUUUGCCAAUGAAAUGCUCAGGUACAUAAAUGAGAUGCUAAUGGAAGAAGACCUGGAGGAAAAGACAUGCAUGUUGCAGGAUUGCUUAUCUCUCCAAGCUGCUGAAAAAUCAUUCUAUGAAGUCCUUGGCCACGAGUAUCCACUUUCAGCCGAUCCUAUAUCUCCAUGUACGGGUCAAAAUUAUUAUAAACCAGAUGAUAAUCUGACCCAGAGCAGAAGUAUUUGUAGCAGUAACAGCUAUACUACUGCUACCAACUCGGUUGAAUGGAGUGGGAUAUAUAGUCCAAGUGAGUUCGAGUCCUCUUACAUUCAAACUUCUCUUAAUGAUUCUCUUAAAAGAACCUCUUUAGUGCCGAAUUUACAAAGAGAGACCACGAUGGAGCCUUUUAGGCACUUCGGAAGAGAGAUUGGGGAAGCCAGUAAGCCCUCUCUCAGUGGUGAUGAGGUGAAUUUGCCUCCACAAAGCAACCUAUCAACGCCUUCUUUUCUUGAUGGAAGGUAUCAAUCACCAUCAGGGUCAAGGGGAAAGAAAAAUUAUCAGCGUGAGGAUGGUGAUAAUUUGGAAGAAGGUAGGAGCAGCAAGCAAUCUGCACUUUCUCUUGAAGAUUCAGAGCAAUUAGAGAUGUUCGACGAUGUACUGCUUUGCAAGGGUGAAAAUGAGGACUCUCCAAAAUGUUCUUUUUCUGGGAACUUGCAUCAGAAUGAACAGUUAAAAGGGUCUAAAGGUGGAAAAACAGGCCGAAAGAAAAACGGCAAGAAGAGUGAAGUGGUGGAUUUAUGGAGUCUCCUUACUCAAUGUGCACAAGCUGUAGCCAUCAAUGAGCAAAGUACUGCCAAUGAGCUGCUGAAACAGAUAAGUCAGCACUCUUCUUCUUCCGGAGAUGGAACCCAAAGAUUGGCACAUUACUUUGCUAAUGCCCUUAAGACGCGUUUGGCUGGCAUGGGGGCACCGUCGUAUUCACCUCUGCUAAGCAACAGGACUUCGGCUGCUGAUAUCCUAAAAGCUUACGGAGUAUAUGUUUUAGCUUGCCCCUUUAAGAAAAUGUCAAAUUUCUACGCAAAUAAAAAGAUAAUGGAAGUGGCAGAAAAGGAAACCACGCUCCACAUCGUUGAUUUUGGCAUUUGCUAUGGGUUUCAAUGGCCUUGCCUCAUCCAGCGUCUCUCAGCAAGGGCUGGUGGACCUCCCAAGCUUCGUAUUACCGGUAUUGAGUUUCCACAACCAGGUUUCCGACCUGCAGAAAGGGUGGAAGAGACGGGGCGCCGCUUGAAAAGGUAUUGUGAGAGAUUCAAUGUCCCUUUUGAGUACUACGUGAUAGCAAAGAAAUGGGAAACUAUAGAACUUGAGGAAAUAAAGAUUAAUGAAGAUGAAGUUGUUGUUGUUAACUGCAUGUAUCGGCUAAAGAACCUACCAGAUGACACAGUGGCGGGAACCAGUGCGAGGGACACUGUUCUGAAAUUGAUCAGAAGCAUCAACCCUGAAUUAUUCAUCCAUGGGAUCGCAAGCGGUACAUAUAAUGCUUCCUUCUUUGAGACAAGGUUCCGGGAGGCACUCUUCCAUUUCUCUGCACAGUUCGAUAUAUUUGAAGCUAAUGUUCCCAGGGAAGAUCCACAAAGGAAGAUGUUUGAGAAGGAAGUACUUGGCAGAGACAUUAUGAAUGUUGUUGCAUGCGAGGGUACCGAAAGGGUUGAGAGGCCAGAAACGUACAAGCAAUGGCAGGCUAGGAAUUUGAGGGCCGGGUUCAAGCAAGUUCCAUUGGAUCAGGAGCUCAUGAAUAAAGUGACGAAUUUUGUCCAAUCUAGUUAUCAUAGGGAUUUUGUUAUAGAUGUGGAUGGCCGCUGGAUGCUGCAGGGGUGGAAGGGGAGAGUUAUUUAUGCCCUUUCAUGUUGGAAACCUGUCAGGAAUCAACUGUGAUGAGGAGUAAUAGUUCCGUCUGAAAAUCGCAGAUUAGUUUCUUUAGUAAUUUCUUCCAAGGGCAAUCACAUUAUUCAGUAGACUUACCAUCCUAUUUGGUGUAGUUUUAAACUAUGAACUCCUAGAAGUAAAGGUUGCAUUGCAUGUGUGUUAAAGCUCAUCAGCUCCAAUUUGCUCCAUUUAGAAUGAAUUCAUUUGCGUUCACAAGCAAGUA